UGCAUUGUCAGGUAAUUACAAUAAGACGCUUAUAAGCGCCUCUCAUCGAAAAGUAUAGUGCCAAAUGCAAGCACUCGUAAUCAAGAGAUAUUCAGAGCGGCGGCCUUUGUCUCCGUUUUGCAAUAAUUAACUGGCAGAAUGAGAAUCGGAUUGCAGCUGUCUGCUAUCUGCUAUGCAACCAUUUGUUUAUUGUACUUGUGUAGAAAUCUGGCUGUCGGUUAAAUAGCUCUACAGCAUGUGUGGCAUCCACUCAUUUAUUUGCCUUGUAAAAGGAGCCAAAAUAAUGUCUAGAAUUUAUGUUAAUAAUUUUCAAGAGGCAGCACUUAGUAGCAUUGAUUACGAAGACUUAAGUGCAGCUUUAGUUAAGCAUAUGGGAAUUCUAGAUAUUUUAAGUCUUGAGGGAAAUGUCGAGAGAUUUUGAAUUGAAACAAUGGAAUUUGUGACGAAUUUUAAUCAUUUUCAAAGGGGAAUGGUCCAAAUAAUUUGAAUUUUAAUUGAAGAGGGAAUAUAUUGCAACUUCAAUGAUUUUGUUUAAAGAUAGAUAGAAAUUCGUUUGAUUUAAGUGUACAUUCUAUUAAAAGUCACAUCCAAAGCAAUCUCUGACAUAUUUUUUUUAUUAUUAUUAUUUUAUUUUCCUUUGAAAAUGUGGCUGUCAUAUAUCUUGCCAUUUCUGCUGCCUUUGGUUUCCAUCAGUGGCGAUAUACCCGAUCUUUCGUACAACCAUUUGACCUCACAUUUGGUCUCCCUGCGAUCCUACAAAUAUGUCGAACAUCCCGGGGAUAAUCAUUUCUGUUCGGGAGUCAUCAUAUCAGAGCGUCUUGUCUUGACCUCUGGCCACUGCAUCACAAACAAAAAUGGUCUCCUGAUGAAUGCGCGACGCAUUAAAUUAGCCUUCUGUGCGCCCCUGCCCGAUGCAAUCGAUAAAAGUGAGCAAGUGGUCCGCAUCGAGUCCAUGGUGUUGUAUCCUCUGUAUGAAAGGAAGAAACAGGACGAUUUGGGUGUCAUUAAACUGAGGAGAAAUAUAUGGUUCAGGGGUCAUCAUUUGGUCAGUGUCAGCAUUGGCUCGGACGAACUGGAUGUGGGCAAAGAUUGCAUAGGCAUUGGUUGGACCCUAAAAGAUGGUCGUCGCAACAUAAGAGCCAAUCCCUUGCUCGUGGCUAAUGUGGAAACCAGACCCUUUGGGGAGUGCCUUAAACCCAAUGAUCUGCAAAGGAAUGCCCAUGCAGAGAGUGAAUAUCUGAUGUGCCUGAAAAACACUGAUGCCCACAUUUGCAUGUCCGAUAUUGGUGGCCCCAUUUUCUGCAAUGGUCGUCUCUAUGGCCUGGCCCUGGGUGGCAUCAAUUGCUCGGAUCAAGAUCCCAUAUUCUUCAGUUAUGUGCCGUAUUAUAAUUCAUGGCUGGAGCGUAUAAUCUCACAGGGAGUGCUGCUGCUACACAAAGUGCGGCUCCAGCGGUUCGUUGCCUUGGCUCUCCUCCACAACUUUCUCUCAAGGCAAAUGCAUAGCUGAAGACCUCUCAUUUUCCCCUACUCCUUGAAGCGAUUUAAGUACUUCCAGCCAUAGAUGGAGAGCCCUUGCCGUGAACAAAACUUUCGCCAGUGGUAACCAAAAAAAAAACAAAAAGGCAACUUCCACACCUGUACCUGCGCCUCUGUUUGCCUUUUGUGCCACGUGUGGCAAAUGUCACGUUCACUUUUCACUGUUUCCCCCCAAAAACCAACCGCAUUGAACUUUCCUUUCAUGUUUCGCUUGCUGCAAUACUUUUUCAAAGACAAAAACUUAAUAAAUUUUGUACAUAAAACAUGAUUCAUUCAGGCCCCCCCAUAAAUAAUAGAAAAUUGCUUCUUUGGUCAAAAGUAAAAGGACGCGACACGGGCAACAACCCAAUCAUUAUUAAUAGCCACGAAAAUCGAGCCAACUAACAAAAAAAAAAAAGUAGGAGAAAAAGAUACACAGAUAUUGUCCAGAAGUUAACAAAA